AUCAAAAAUGCGGGACCCGUUUUCGGUGGACCAUUUUGUUAACGUAACGUAACACACCCUCACUCGUGCCGUUGGAUGCUCACUUUUGUACACUCUCACUCGCUAAUCUUGUUAAUGAGGAGCCGGUUCCGUUUAGUCAGUGGGCUCCCCGUGACGUGAUCUUCCAAGUGCGCAGUCUGAUGAUACUGUAAUGACUGUCUGUGUCUGUGACUGAUGAACGGAGCGAAAUUAGCUGACCACGAAGCAGCUGUGUAACUAUUCCGCCAUUAGCACGUUGCAUGGGAAGCGGACGUUUCUGCAAGACUGGCAACACCAACAUUAAUUUAAUGUAAUGUCGAUGCCACGGCACAGCGUGCGAUUUGGCAGCACAUGUCAGUAUCGGUACGAUGACAGUGGCUUCAUCGGACAAGGCAGCUUCGGCAACACUUGCACCGCCAAGAUUACGCAGCGCGGUAAUUAUGUCGGGGCGGACGUUGUGGCUGUGAGGUGCUUCAGUGUCAUGGAGCAGGCAUUUCUCGACAACCCGGACAACUACGCCAAGCUGCAGGAGAGAUUCCACACGAUGCUCCAGCUCAAACACAACCACUUGGUGGACUACCAUCAAAUCACCAUCAUUCCCAAUAUUGGAGCGGCGACCAUUGAAUUCAUGAUGGACUAUUAUCCUGGUGGGAACUUGCAGACGAAGCUGGAGAGGGUGAAGGACAGCGGAAUCCUUCUGGAUGUGCGCAGUGCCAUCAGCCACGCCCUGGACUUCGCUGACGGACUGGCGUUCCUGCAUGAGAAGGGCAUAACGCACGGCGAUUUGAAGCCGGAAAACGUGCUCGUCGAUGUGUCCAGCGCCCAGGACCAGAGCGAGACUAGUCUGCGUAUUGCCGACUGGGACAGUCUGGCGACCGUGCAACGCUGCAGUGUCAGUUCGCUGAGCGGCAAACAUUCCCGCGGCAGCGAGCGCUACAUGUCGCCGGAAAUGCUGGCGGCCAGGGGACCGAUGGUGACGCGCUUCACGUGGCCGCGGCUGCCCGGCCCCGCCACGGACCUGUGGAGUGCGGGCUGUAUCCUGCUGCAGCUGGUGCGCGCUGUAACGGGCGACUACUGCGAAAUACUGCGGCAUCCGGUCAGCGGACAAGUACGCGGUGCGGAUCGAAGCCUCAAGAAUAUGGCUUUCUCAGCGGCGGUUAUGCAGGGCUUCAUUCCCGUCGACCCUACUUGCGCGUCGAUAUAUAUACCUGCCGAGCUAACUGCCGGCAUUCGCCAAUGCCUGUGCACCGCCGCUGACCAAAGAAUAACCGCAGCGCAGUUGUUGGAUCACUUGUCGUCAGCCAGCGGAAACUGUACGUCUUCGACGCGGUAACGUUGUGUUGGCAACUUAUCUUGAUACAGCAGAUAUCCAUGCCAGAUGUGUCGCUGAAAAUUGUGCAACGGCUGCAUGCGUGCGAGUACGCGUACCAAGCAGGAAAUAAUCCAUUUUCAAUGUAGAUAGCUGUGUUAAGGAUUUGGCUGUGAGGAUAAUAACUCCUCGUGUUGUGAGAAAAUCAUUAAAAUUCUUUUUAUAAAUUACAGCCCUGCUCAGUCCAGCUGGGGGAGGUUUGUUAAAUAAGUCAUAAAAUAACUGUGUACACUGUUUUGUUUUCUUUCUUUUGCAGUUGCCUACCAAGUGCAACGUUUUACUGCGAAUUUAUGAGUGUCAUAACCGGUACCCCUUGAUGUGCCAGUAUAAUGAACCGAGCACUGGUUAAGGCAAGGGGAUAAUUAUAAGAAUCUCU